UGUGGUCGAGUGAGGGUGUAUGUGUCCAUCGCUCCGUCCUGGAUCUACUCUCUACCAAGAAUAUCCCAUGAAUAAAAGUGAUUAUUACAUCUAUUCACUGUGAAAUUUAUCGUGAUUUGAGUGCUUUAUUAUAGAGCAUUGACAAGUGAAGUGAUUUGCAUUGAGUUAUUAGAUUUAAGUGAUCGAUAUUUCGAGUUUGAGGGCACAAAAUGUGUGGGAGAGCGAGCCUGGUGCUCGGAUUGUUGCUUCUGGCGACCUCUGGCAAGGAUGUUGGCGCUGGACAGCUUCCAGGUCCCAGUUUUGACCUGGUGAAGCCUGAGGCGGGGUACCGGGGGGUGGUGGGGGAAGACGGGCUGGGGGUUGAGUUUCAUCCCCCCAUACGCGCCUCCCCCAACGUCUGCUCUUUCAGUAUUGUGAGCCACCACAGCAGCAGCGACACACCCUUCAUUAGUUACGUGAUCGAUCGCGCGAUCAAGACCUUAGCGAAGCUUAUAAAAGGUCUAGCAAACUUUAGUAGUGCCCCCCAUGUAACGGUGCACGUGAAAGUGGCGGACGUGAACGAGUUCCCGCCGGUUUUCCCGACGGCGGCGGUGGCGGUGGCGGCCGACGAAGGACGCCUGUACGAGGAGCUGGUCGUCCUCCAGGCCACCGACGAGGACUGCAGUCCUAAAUAUGGGGACGUGUGUGGCUACGAGCUGCUGUCCCGGGACCAGGUGUUCCCCCAGGCGUCCCUCGCGCUGUGUGGCGCCCCCUGCGAGGUGCAGGAGGUGCACACCCGCGUCACCCUGGACACCCAGCACAUCGGGAGGGGCUGUGACAGGGACGCCGCCCCUCCUGCCACGCUGCGCAAGAUGUGUGGUCGGGCUUUGCCAGACCAUAUCCCCAAAGUGGUCUUGACCUCGUCGCCCUCCGUCUCCGAGUCCUCGCUAGGCAGGUCCCAUCACCUGAAGGAGCACGUGCUCUGCGUGGCUGACGACGCGCAGAUGAACCGCCACCACGUGGCGCUGUUCGUGCGCCACUGCCGCCUCAUCCUCCUGCUGCGCCAUGAGCCUCAGAGCGGCGCACUCAACGCCUUCCAGCCCGCCGAGUGGCGCUGGAACCUGCCACAGGUGUGUGACGACGCGUGGCAUCAUUACAGCGUGCAGGUUAAGCUCCCCGAGGUCGCCCUCUUCGUGGACGGUCACCCGCUGCACCCUGAGGGCGGCGAGCCCGAGGUGCUGGACGACUGGCCCCUCCACCCCACCAAGGGCAUCAACACCACCCUCAGCGUGGGUGCCUGCUGGCAAGCCCUCCAUGGAGCUGCUCACCAACAAUGGUGUGCGUCAGGUGGGGGGCUGCGCAUCCCCCCCGUGACAUCCCAGGUUGUGGUCCUGCCUCCCCACCUCCCGGGGCUGCUCAUCGCGGGGACCCGCAACUUUGCCCGCGAGUAUCAGAGCUUCAGGGCGGGGCUGCGGAUCUUCCCCGACGUGGGGGUGACGGUCCCCCAGGGGGACCAGCCUGAGGGGUCUGGGGAGGGGGCUGGGGAGGUGACCCAGUGCACGGUGGGGGUUUAUCCCCCCCUCAACCCCGACCAUGAGACCCUCCUCCUCCCCGACAACCUCAUCCGGGACCUGGGCCUGACCUCGGCCGUGUCCCGCCAGGGGACCACCAUCACCGGGCCCAACACCGCCCAGCGCUACACGAGGUACAAGAUGCGUCAUGCCAGAGCUGAGUCAUCAGCUGAUUCAUCAACUGAGUCAUCAGCUGAGCUUUCAGCUGAAUCAUCAGCUGAAUCAUCAGCUGAAUCAUCAGCUGAUUCAUCAGCUGAGCUUUCAGCUGAAUCAUCAGCUGAUUCAUCAGCUGAUUCAUCAGCUGAAUCAUCAGCUGAAUCAUCAGCUGAUUCAUCAGCUGAGUCAUCAGCUGAAUCAUCAACUGAGUCAUCAGCUGAUUCAUCAGCUGAGCUUUCAGCUGAAUCAUCAGCUGAUUCAUCAGCUGAAUCAUCAGCUGAAUCAUCAGCUGAUUCAUCAGCUGAAUCAUCAGCUUGA